AUGAAAGCUUUCCUUUUAGUAUGCUUAAUCGCCACAUCAAUGAUGGUUAAUGCAAUUGACACUCCUUAAGAUUAAGAAUUAAAUGCAUAACCAGAUUCUCCUAGUUUCCUUCACGUUUAAAUUUAACAAGCUUGCCAAUAUUGUUGUAAUGGAGAAUGUUGUUUCUCCCCUGCUAAUUGUGUUAAAGGAAAAUGUAAUAAUGUCGUAGCUCCUACCUGUGUUCAAGGUUGA